AUGCAGGCCUAUAAGCUGUCUCCCGAUAGCUGGCAUCGGAAAGCACUCUGGCGCUCUUAUCUUUAUGUCCCUGGGGACCAAAAAAGGAAGAUUGAGAAGAUGGCUCAAGUUUGCAAUGAUGCCGCUUCUUCAAAAUCUUCUGCCAAUGUUCUGAGCAGCAAGCUGAAUUCGAUUCCUGAUCUCAUCGUGCUGGAUUGCGAGGAUGCUGUGGCGUUCGAUAGGAAGGUUAGAAGGUUGUCGCAUCUUUUGGUUGUGAUUUUUAAAAUUAAUUUCUGCAGACGAUAA